AUGCCCGAGGCGAGAUGCCCAAGCAAACCUAAAAUGACCAUGCCUGACAAAUCAGCCAUGGUGUUCGUCGGACUUGUAGAGCUUAGGGAAAGGAUCCAGGGUCUCAAGUGCUGUUGCAGGUUUCAGGCUUGGUCACUGGGUUUCCGGUUUGAGACCUUGUGGAUCUGCCAGGGUUCUUUCAUAGAUCAAGGAGUUCUGAACACGUUUCCUCAGGCACCACCGUCAGCUUCAGGCGCAGCCCCACCAGAGCACUUGGCACCACGCCAGCCCGCUGCCUUCGAGCACGCGCCACAGCCCGCCGCCGGGGCCACGUUUGCGCCACAGCCAACCACAGCGGACACGCCGCAAGACUACGCGCAGCCGCCGAAGGUCCCAGCAACACCAGUGUCAUCCUGGUACCAGCUACUAUGCGGUUGCUGCGGAGCAGCAAGGAGGUGA